CCCAGGCAGGCAGGGCAGAAUAGCCUGGGUUAAGGUUACCUUGAAGCCUCUGUCCCGUCCUAAGCUUCCUGAUAUACACCAAUCAUGGGCAGGGGAAACUUUUAGGCUGGAUCCCGAACUCUCCACUGGCCGGCCCUGGAACUUUUCCCCUCGACUUUUUGCUCUCUUCCUGGACAUUAACUGAACCUCUUCAGAGACCCUGAGACUGUGACCCUUUGAAUGAUUUUCAAUUGUGAUUCUUUAGGGGGGAUUAAACAUCCAGUCCAGACACCAGGUGUAAUAUAUUUAGGGUCUCUUUGCAUGGUCCCAUCCUCUCCUUGACGAUCAGGACUCAAACAGGAUUAGCCCUGAGGCGCUGCAUGUAUUUUUUUCCACACAACUCUGUUGCUGAAAUUACAUUUUCAAAACUGCCAUGACUGAGGGAGUCGAAGGUACAGUAUCUACACAAGUCUAACGCAAUCCUUCACCACAACCAUGGUCAUUGAGAGCAAAAAUGGAGAGGCAGGACACCCCCCAGCCAGGGUGACCAAGAGGACCGCGACUGACGACCUGUACACCACCUUCAGUUCCCCUAUGGCCUGGAUCCUGGUCGUAGCCCUGGUCGUCACUUGGUCUUGUGUGGCCAUCAUCAUGUUUGACCUGAUGGACUACAAGGGCCUCACAGAUCAUACAUUAUACUGUGACGACCCCUGUUUGCCACCUGGGGUCUCCCCACCUCCCGCUGUCAGGAAAGUAAUUAAGGAUGCAGGAAGGUCUAGAGGAAGCAUUCAGCAUAUCAGCUCGGACCCCAUGAAAAUGGUGAACGAGGCGGUGGAGGAGUCCACUGACUGGGGCAAACUGCUUCUGACCUUUGUCUCCAGCCUGGUAGCACCUGAGGAGGAGGAAAUCGAAGGUGAGCUACAUCCAGUUAAGAAAAAAGCUGCAUUCCUACCGUCCAGAAAACAAGUUGCAGGGAUGUUUACCGAGGAAAAGGAACCAGUUGCGGAAGUAGAGGAGGAGGAGGAGGAGGAGGAAGAGGAAGAUGAUGUAGAUGAAGUGGAAGAUGAGGAAGAGGAUGGAGAGGAUGAGGAUAUGGAAGAAGAGGAUGAAGAUGAGGAAGAAGUUGAUGAGGAUGAGGAAGAGGAGGAAGAAGAUGAAGAAGAGGAGGAAGAGGAUGAGGAAGCAGCAGCUGAGGCCGAGGUAGAUGGGGAUGAUGAUGAUGAUGAUGAUGGUGAAGCAGAUGAAGAGGACUCUGCUGCAGCGACUGAAGAAGAUGAUGAUGAGGACGAAGAGGUGGCUUCAGAGGCUGAUGAUGAGGAGGGUGAUGAUGAGGAGGAGGAUGAUGAGGAGGAAGAGGCUGCUCCACAUGCUGAUUAUGAGGAUGAUGAGGAGGAGGAAGAGGCUGCUCCAGAGGUGGCUGCUGCCGAGGCUGAUGAUGAGGAAGAGGAGGAGGAAGAAGCAGCUGCAGCUGAUGAGGUGGCAGAGGAAAAUGAAGGUGAAGAUGAAGCUGCUGCAGAGGUCAUUGCUGAGAUUGAUGAGGAUGAGGGCCCCAUUCUGAUUGAUGUUGAUGACACAGACACAGACACUUCUGUUGGAGAUGAUGGAGAGGAGGAUGACACCAUAGCUGAAGCUGAAACUGAAGCAAUUACAGAUGAGGAUGCCAGUGAUGCUGCUGCUGCUGCUUCCACUUAUGAUGAUGAUGGUGAUAAUGAAGAGGAUGAAAAUGCUGUAGCUGGUCCUGCUGCUGCUGCCAGUGAUGAAGCCACAGAUGAUGCUCCUGUUUCGACUGCAGAUGAUGAUGAUGAUGAUGAUGUUGAUGAGGAAGAUCAUAGCAUAUAUGUUGACCAAACAGAUGAUGAUACUAAACCCAUUGACCUAGAAGAUGACGAUGAUAAUCUUGCUGACAGUGAGGAUAUGGAUAUCUCAGACACAUUAGCUGAGGAUACAACUGAUGACUCUACAGAUUUAGAGGACACUGAUGAUGACGAUGAUGGCAAAGUCAGUGAGGACAGUGGUGCCGUCGUUGAUGACGAUGACAAUGACAAAACAGUCGAGGAUUCAGGAGAGACUGUUAGAGAUGUCGCAGACAUUUCUGAUGACACAGAAGACGAUGAUGAUGAUGAUGAUGAGGUGAAGGAUUCAGCUGAAGAGAUCGGCAAAGAAGAUGACGAUGAGGAUAAUGAAAUCAUAACCGAAGCCUUUGAUAGCUCAGCACCUGAAGAAGAUGAUCUAUCCAAGGAUGAUGACGAUGAUGAUGAUGACAUUGAUGACCUUCUUUUGACAGAACUAAAGGUCAAGCAAGCUACUCCUCCAGCAGAACAAGCAGUGUGCCCUUGUAUGCAUUCGUCCAAGCCCAAAGAGGUCAAAAGUGAGCCAACGGAGGAGAAAGAGGCAGAGCCCCCUAAAAAGGAACCAGUAGUGAGAGCUAAGAGAGUGCGUGACAUGUGCAGGCCAGUUGACAAGCCAAAAAGGAGAGAGGCUGCAAGGAAAUUGGAAUUAGAAGCGGCGAUCAGGAAGAGAGAACUAAGACUUAAAAAGGAAGCGAAGGCCACAAAGGAAGAGUCUCAUCAUGUAGAUGCUGGGGUGCCUGCACCUGCACCUGCACCUGCGCCAGUUCCCGCCUGUCAACCCACACCAGUCUACUGGCCAUCAUCAUCUCCUGGCUGGUAUUUGCAUCAUAUAUUCACAGACAAUCCAUUUCCACCUACAACUAUGACAGCUCAUCCAGCUCAGCCAUUUUACCAAGCUCCUCCCUUACCAAGCUCCUCCAGCUUACCAAGCUCCUCCAGCUUAUCAAGCUCCUCCAGCUUAUCAAGUUUAUCAAGCUCCUCCAGUUUAUCAAGCUCAUCCAGCUCAACCAGCACCAGCUCAACCAGCACCAGCUCAACCAGCUCAACCAACAGCUCCAGUUCUACCGGCUGAACCAGCACCUGCAACAGCACCUGGACCAGCACCUGGACCUGCACCAGCUCCAUCGACUCAAGAACCACAGGCUCCCAAAGAAAAGGCUGCCUCCACAAAGAAGG